ACAAUAUUUAAAAAAAAAAAACUUAUAUAUUUUACAAAUAAAGGAGGGGAAAAAAUAAAAUCCGGUGAAACCCUAAGCACUGAUUUUACAAUCCACUCUUUAUAUAAUCAGCUGCAAAACCCUAAACCCUCUUCUUCCCCCAAAAACCUGUAUCUAUAUUUUUAAACCCUAAAUUGGCUUUCGAAUUCUCCAGAACAUAUCGAUUCCUACAUGUCAAAAGAAGUAAUCACUAACGCGAACGACGGUUCCAUAGUUAACCUCACCAGUAUGCGAAUUUCAUCACUCGAUGAUGAAGAAUACGAAGAAUAUGAUGACGAAGAUGAUGAUGACGAUGAAGAAUUCGAAGAUGAAGCUCCUGUGUCGUUAGGUUUUGUCGAAAAGCCGAAGCAUGAGUGGUCGCUUCUUCGUCAUUUGUUUCCAAGCAAAGCUGGAGGAACUCCUGCGUGGCUGAAUCCAGUAAAUUUGCCAUCUGGUAAAGCAUGUUUGUGUGACAUUUGUGGUGAACCUCUUCGGUUUUUGCUUCAGGCAUAUGCUCCUAUCGUUGAUGAUCCUCUCGUUGAUACGGAAUCAACAUUUCAUAGAACCUUAUUUGUAUUCAUGUGCACAUCAAUGUCAUGCCUUCUCCAAGACCAACAUGAACAAUGGAAACACCACCCAGAAAAGGGAUCCAGGAGUGUUAAGGCCUUUCGUAGUCAACUUCCUCAUCACAACCAGUUUUACUCCAGUGAACCACCUAAAAACGAUGGCAGUGACAAGCCUUUAGGGACAGCAGCUCCACUUUGUAGUUGGUGUGGUACCUGGAAAGGAGAUAAAGUCUGUAGUAACUGCAAAAGAGCACGUUACUGUUCCAAGACGCACCAGGCCAUUCACUGGAGUUCAACUCAUAAAACCCAAUGUAGAACAAUAGACCUCAUGCUUCAGCCAUCGAAUUCUGCGCCCACCAACUCUUCAGAUGAUAUACCAAAAGCUGCAAGCAGUGCCACCUGGCCAGAAUAUGAGAUCAUUAAUGAGGAUGAACCUGAGCUUGACCCUGGAACGUCAAACGUCGGUGCAUAUGGUAAUGCAUUACGUAAUGACAACGAGGAUGAAGGUGAUGCAAAGAGUUGGGCAUAUUUUACCCAAAGAAUAGCACGGGCCCCAGAACAAGUAUUAAGAUAUUCUAGACAUGAAAAACCGUUGUGGCCCAUGUUAAGUGGCCGGCCAUCUAAAACUGAUAUACCUAAAUGCAGUUCAUGUGGCAGCGAUCGGGCUUUUGAAUUUCAGAUUUUGCCACAGUUGCUUUACUACUUUGAUGUUAAGAAUGAAUCCAACUCACUUGAUUGGGCAACAAUUGCGGUGUAUACGUGUGAAGCUUCUUGUGAUGGAAGUCUGGCAUAUGAAGAAGAGUUUUGUUGGGUUCAGCUCACAUCUCAAUCAAAUUAAAGAUCAUAUUCUAUUUAUAUUUUAUUUACUUGUGCUCUAUGCUUUCUUUUUCAUAUAAGUCAAUGGGAUGAAUUUUGACUCCCUUUGGUGUUAUUGUUGAAUUUGCAAUUUUGAUUUUAUAUUUUAAGAUAUUUAUUAUUA